AUGCCACCAAAGAAGAACAUGAAGAAGAUGGACUUGGGGUCCUUCCUCGCCGAUGACAGUUUCGGUGGGUCCUGGGCCGAUGAUGAUGUCGACAUGUCGUCCAUCUCCGUCCCAACCAAGAGCGCCGCCACUCCGUUCGGCCAGAAGACCUCUUUCGAGUCUUUUGCCUCCCAGGAGCCUCGCCGCGAGAGAGUUGAGUACCCAAUCCCAGAAUCUGGUCCAUACAAGGCCAAAGUCAGCAACCUUUCUUGGGAAAUCACCGAAGAAGAGAUCGCCGAAUGGUUUGCUAGACAGUUGAACGUUCCUAAGUCCGAUGUUGGUGAGGUCAGCUUGCCGAUCGACACCAUGACUGGAAAGUUGAGAGGGUUUGGUUUCAUCACCUUCCCAUCCAGGGACUUGUUGGAGGAAUCCUUGAAGCUUACUGGUGUCAACAUGGGUGAGAGAAGAGUCUUUGUCUCCGUUGCUGCUCCAGAAAGAGAAGAAUUAGACUGGGGUGCUGCGAGAGGAGGGUUUGCAUCCAGAGGUGGUGACAGAAACGAUAGAGGUGACCGCCCAAGACGUGAGGAACCAAACGUGGACUGGUCUGCCUCCAGGGGCCCAUUGCCUCCAAGAGAAGGCGGUUUCAGAAGAGAGGACAGAGAGGGAGGCUUCAGAAGGGAGGAAGGCGAGGGCUUCGAACGUAAGCCAAGAAGAGAGGAGCCAGAAAUCGACUGGUCUGCCUCUAGAAGUGGCCCAUUGCCUCCAAGAGAAGGCGAGUUCAGAAGAGAAGGUGGCUUUAAAAGAGAGGAAGGCGAGGGCUUCGAGCGCAAGCCAAGAAGAGAGGAUCCUAACGUCGACUGGUCCGCUUCCAGAGGACCAUUACCACCAAGAGAGGGCGGUUUCAGAAGAGAAAACAGAGACGAUGACUUCGAGCGCAAGCCAAAGAGAGAAGAACCAGUCUUUGACUGGUCUGCCCCUAGAUCUGGUCCAUUACCGCCGAGAGAGAAGAGAGAGUUCAAGCCUCGUGCCGAUAAGCCAGUUGCUACCAUGGACUGGAAGCGUGGCGAGACUUUGCCUCCGAAGAGGGCAGCUGCUCAGAAGAAUGAGGAAAAGAUUCUACAGACCCAUAAGUCUGCCUUCAACGCCUUGUCUGUCUCUGGCGACGAAACCGAGGAGGCUGCUGAGAUCCAGCAGACCAAGCCGGAGGUCCAGCAGACCGAGUUGGAAAAGGCUGCCGCUGCCUUGACCAUCAACGAGGUCGGCACCGAUGGUUGGGAGGUUGUUUCUAAGAAAUAA